AUGGAAGAUGGUGCCUUCAGGACAAAUUCAAUAUUCAGGACCUCCUCAGACACUUUCAUGGACUUGAAUGUCACGGAUGAAUUCUUGGUUCAAGGAUAUUGGUGGGAGAGCACUGCUGGAGUCAACUUUCUGGAGCCUGAACCUUCCACCGCGAAUGUUCUGUGUAACCCUUCACAAUAUGUGCCUUUUAUGGGUUCUGGUCAUUUGAGUAUAAACUCACACCAUCUGACCGAUCAAGAAGAAGCAGACACCUCCCUUGAAAACCCACCUGUAGUUUAUCGUGAAACCGAGGAACAUGUAGUUGAGACCAUCACAUCUCCAGUACACUCUGAAGGUUCUCAACUUGAAAGUGGUGCAUUCGUCCCAGAAUUCUGUGAAUCAUGGGAGUGUCCGAAACAAGAACCUGAGGAAGAAGAGAUGUUCCAAGAGACAACUGACUGGGAUAACAAUGAUUUAGACCAGUACCAAGAGCAGGAAUUUUCAGACUUUGGCCAGCUUCAACAAAAUCCUGAACACUGUACUGUUGAAAGUGGCAGAGACUCUUAUGUUCCUUGGAGUCAAUUAGUAGGCAGCCGAAAAUCAGGCAAGAAGAAGACCAAGACAGAGAAGACAAUCAGCCUACAAGUUCUUCGAAAAUACUUUGCCGGGAGCCUUAAAGAUGCUGCUAAGAGUAUAGGUGUUUGCCCCACCACUCUGAAAAGGAUAUGCAGGCAAUAUGGUAUCAACCGUUGGCCUUCUCGAAAAAUCAAGAAGGUUAACCACUCUUUGAGGAAACUCCAACUUGUAGUUGACUCUGUCAUGGGAGCUCAAGGUCUCAUUGAAAUUGAUUCCUUUUAUACUGCCUUCCCAGAAUUGAACUCCCCUAACGAUUCUGGGCAUAAUCCUUUUUCAUCAUUCAAGAUAGCUGACUAUCCCAAGGAAUCAAACCCAAAACCAAAAAGUCAAAUGUUCAGCCCUAAAGGGCCUGAUUCAAAAUCCCGGUCCUCUUCGAUCAGUCAGAAUUCUGGUUUGAGCAUCUGUCAUGGCAAAAAGCAGUCCACCAGCACCAUCGAUGGCUUGAGCACCGUACAUGCUUUAGUUGUAGAAGACCCUGUUGAGGUGCUGAAGAGAACUUGCGGUAAAGCAGAAUUACAUUCCUUGAAUCAGGAGGAACUUGCUAGAGCCAAAAGCCAUGAGACAUUAGGCCAGCAUCAAAAUCUGGAGACACAACCACCCCUACCAAUAAGGAAUAGCCAGAGUUUACAAGAUGGAGGCGCCCUCAGAAUUAAAGCCACUUUCGGAUAUGAAAACAUCCGUUUCAGCUUGCAACCAAAUUGGGGUUUCAUGGACUUGCAACGAGAGAUUGCAAAGCGUUUUGAUAUAGAUGAUUUCAGCAAAAUUGGUCUCAAGUAUUUGGACAAUGAUCACGAGUCAGUUCUUUUGACUUGUGAUGCUGAUCUUGAGGAGUGUAAAGAUUUGCUUGACUGUUCUCAAAGUCGCACCAUCAAAAUAACCCUCUAUGUGGUUUCCAAACCAAAUCUAGGAAGUUCAUCCAGAAGCAGCAGAGACUUGUUCUAA